CUUGUGCUUUGCAUCAUGCUUUGCGUAUAUUUUCCCGUGUUAUUUGUCGUCACAAAGUUCACAUAAAGGUUGUCAAUGCAGUGUGAUUUUGUUUUUAUCUGUUAAUCAUAUUUGAGAAGACAUAUUUGUUCUUACUAUCAGCAAAAGCACGAAUAAUGGCGAGAGCACGAUUGGUACGUUUUGCCGGACGAGCACUUUUGUGUCUUGGAGGAUUGAGAAGUGCCGCAUCAUUGACAGGUGACUCCACAAGAUCGUACAUGGUGUCCUUACGAGAUCCGUAUUUAUGGCCUUACGUUAACACAACGUCCCGCAGCUUGUCAUCGCUGCCAAUGAAAACGAGACUCUCAAGAAAGAAGCCUGCUCCUGAACCUCCGAGUUCACUGACAGCUGUGGCAUACAGCACAGCCGAGGAGUACAAUCUGACGUCCAUCUUGAAUGCAUUGAAGAAGCAAGGCCUGUACAAGGACAAGGUCAUUUCCGAAGAUUUAACUGAUGUUCUCUAUGCUUCUGCCAAGUACCAAGUUACCGAGGAACCGAGAGAGCUUUUCAUCUUUAGGGAAGGAUCAAUUGUCUUUUGGAAUUUCCCAGAAAUAGAGAGGAAAGCCGUGCUGCAGUUCCUGAAGCCUUACGAAGAGCACCCUUACAGCCCAUCCCUCGUGAACCAAGAGAUUGAAGCUUUAGAAUUUGCGUACCACGAAAACAAGACAAAGUUUUAUGAUGGCAACAUCUACCUAAGCACAGAGGGCGAGAGUGACUUGGAGAAGUACACAUUCUCCAGUGGGCUUGCUCUGUCUGUGAAGCUGGCCAUCUGGGAGGCAUCGUUGGAUAGCUAUGUAGAGAGCAUCGAGGACAUCAUUGAGGACAUGAAGGAAGGCAGGACGAUUAGGAUGACCAGGGAACACGUUUUUCGAAAGACUGGAGAACUAUUCUCACUAAGGCACCUGAUCAACCUAAGCUCUGACCUUUUGGACACUCCUGAUUUUUACUGGGACCGGCCAAACUUAGAGAGUCUCUAUCUGAAAGUCAUCAAGUACAUGAACAUUAACAGGCGGACAAAGGUCAUGAAUGAGAAGUUAACACAUUGUUGCGAGCUGAUGGACUUACUCAGCCACCACCUGGAGGACAAGCACCACGUCCGGCUCGAAGUCAUGAUCAUUGUGCUCAUUAUGGUCGAGGUGCUGUUUGAGUGUGUCCACUACGUUUCCAAAUUAAUGCCUGCAACAAGCACCAAGAGUGGGCAAAAUUUACGGAAACAAGCACGCCAGCUCGAAAAUGAAAUCGACCUCAAGCUUGUCUCCUUCAGCAAGCUUGGCACCGGCUUUGGUUCCAGAGAACUCAAGAAUGAAAGCCUUGACACUGCGCCAUUGCUUGGCAGGGAUCACAUGUUCGAGACAAUGACUUUGGAAAUAGAGCAACUGCUAUCCAAGCUGGGUGAAGUCAAUGACCAGAUGAGCCAGGUGCAGACGACGAGCGGGCCCCCCAGUGCCACGGUGCUGCACACGCUGCAGCGCCACCGGGACAUCCUGCAGGACUACAUGCGCGAGUUCCACAAGACACGCACCAACGUCCAGGCCCACCGGGAGAGGGACCUGCUCCUCGGGUCCGUGCGCAAGGACAUGGAUUCUUAUAAGAACUCGUCAAGUCUCAAUCGGAGGUCAGAGGGCUACCUAAAAGAACACGAGCACCUGAAAAGUUCAGAUCGGAUGGUGCAUGACCAGAUAAACAUCGCCAUUCGAACAAAGGAUGAGCUGCUGAGUCAGCGCAAUGCCCUGAAGGCCAUUCAGACCAAGAUGACCACUACUGACGACCGCUUUCCCAUGAUCAACAGCCUGGUGCAAAGGAUCAACCUGCGCAAGCGGAGGGACUCCAUCAUAUUGGGCCUCAUCAUUGGGACCUGCACAGUGCUGCUGUUGCUGUACAUUACUCGCUGAAAGUCGCGGCUGCUGUCACUGGUGAUUGCCAACCGCAUCUAGCUCCUCGUGCCCAAGCUCCUCCUAGAAACUCGAGUGCGUUUUUAAUGGAAACAAAGGUCGUGGUUGGUUGACCCCCUCCCCUCCCUCCCAUCCACGUUGACUGUAAGAUAUAUAUAUUAUACGCCUGUACAUAAUGGACCUUUAUGCUGCUGGUGAAAAGAAAGAGGCAUUGCACGGCUGUAACUCGCGUUUGUUGUUUUCUAAGCGGGAAUAAAGUAUUUUGAUUCAUA